AUGCCCCCAGGUGAGGGUUGGUCCUGUUUCACGGAAGAGGAGACCAAGACGGAGUGUCCCCAUGGGAACAGCAGGCACGUGGGUGCAGCCGCCUCAGUGUCCCGGCACCGAUGCUCUGGGAGCUGGGGGAGCUGUGUCCUGGCCGAGCAGCGCCCCCUGCCCCUGGGCCUGCAGUGGGGGGCAGGUGCUGGCCCACCCUCAGGGCACCCCCCCGCCCAGUGUGACUCCAGAGCCCAGCAGUCCUUGGCAGACGGAUGGUGGCACUGGACGCCAGGGGCCACAGGUUCUUCAGAGCAGCAGACUCUCUUGGGAGUGGGGGAGGCGCAGGCACGGGUGGAGGGCCCCCCCGAGCUGUCUGAGGACCGAGGGGCCAAGGGCGAGGGCGAGGCCCCUUUCCUGCGGCCACCGUCCUCCCCGGCCCUCCCUUGCCCCUACCUUUUCCAGCUGCAGCUCCUGAAGGCCCCGCCAGUCAUCCCCCAGCUCAUGGGCUAA